CAUAAUUUUGGCCAUGUAGUGUAAUACAUAGGCCUAAUCCUCUGAUUCAGCUCCGGUCACCAUCACCCAGCUGUGGCAACUGUUUCUAGAGCAGUGGGAGUGAGCUGUUGGAGUGAGUGAGUCAUAUGAGCAGGCAACGUUUAAAAGCUGUCAAUGUACCUCAAAUCUCUUCAGUUUUGGGUGAUUCAGGUCAGACACGAUGCUGCUGAAAACAUUUUGCGGACUUUGGUCCAUUUCAACUGUCAUUUCUGCCGCUGGUAAGUUUGUUUCACAAACAUAUCUUUUGAAUCUAGCAUUACAGUUAGUUAAUUUAGAAAGUCUUUUAUUUUAAAGAUGAAGAGAUGCCAAAUUUCAGUUUUCUUUCUUUUAUGGCUUGUCAAUUUAAUGCUGAAGUCUUCUUGGAGAGGGAUGAUGCGCACGUGGUGCUUGACAGAUCCAGGCGCGCCAACAGCGGCUACUUCGAGGAGAUGAAACAGGGCAACCUCGAGCGUGAGUGUGUCGAGGAAAUUUGUGACUAUGAAGAGGCUCGGGAAGUUUUCGAGGACGACGGCCGAACGGUGCAAUUUUGUAGUAAUUUCAGUUGGGAAAAUAUUUGCAAUUACUCUGAUUGAAGGACUAUUUUAAUUACACUUAAUGAAAUCUUUAGCAAUACAUAGGAACAUGUGAGAAUUCCAGAGAUAACUCUUAAAACUGACAAUGUAUGGUUUGUUUCCAUAGAAAAGUUUUUGGUUGACAUACACUGGUAAGUCGGAUUUUUGCAUGUGGACUGUACACAAAUAGUUCCAACCAGCCUACAAGAUAUGAUAGAGUAUUGCUUUCAAAUGGGCUUUCAGUCAUUUUCAUAAAAUGCUAAUGAUAUUGUUGUUUAAAAUCCAAUAUGGUGCUACCAUGUCUGUUAUCACAUUCCUAAUUUAUUUGCACAAGAUAUGUCCAGCAUGUCAAAUAGCAAAUGUCAUAACCUUUACCCUAUCGAUCGCUCUAAGGUCGUGACCCCUGCCUGGUCAACCCAUGCAAAAACAACGGAACUUGUGUUAACAUGGACAACUCUUACUCAUGUCAGUGUCCUGAAGGCUAUGAAGGAAAAUACUGUCAGACAGGUAGGAAGAGAAUUCCUAGCUGCCAUUUUUAUACCAAUAGGUUACGCCAGUGUUUUUUAAUCUAGGUCCUGGGGACCCAAAGGGGUGCACAUUUCGUUUUUUGCCCUAGCACUGCACACCUGAUUCCACUAAUCAAAUGUUAGAUGAUGAGUUGAUUAGUGGAAUCAGGUGUGCAGUGCUAGGGCGAAGACCAAAAUGUGUACCCCUUUGGGUUCCCAGGACCAGGAUAAAAAAACACUGGUUUUCACAAUAGUUUUAUACCAAUAGAUGAUUGUAAUUACACAGCAAUAAGAGCACUGUAAUGUGAAGUGUUGCCCACAUUUGCUAGUGAGCUGAUAUUAUACGUUGACCCCAUUCUGCUUAUCCUACUUGCCUUUCCCCUAUCUCCCAACAUAGUAUUUGAGGCCACCCUGAAAUGCCUCUACCUUAACGGGGAGUGCGAGCACUUCUGUGACGAUUCUGGGCCAAGACGCAAGUGUUCCUGUGCUCCUGGUUACGCCCUGGGAGAGAAUGGAACAAAUUGUGUCGCCCAAGGUACUAACUGUAACUGACCGUAGAUGAGCCCAGAUGUUUUGUUAAAGACUGGAAAUCCCUGUUUCUUACAAACAGACUGUAAUAUUUACAAUACCAAAAGGAGCCAACAUGUGUAUGAUGUUAAUGUAUGAAUAGACUUAGAAACAGCAGCUCACAUGUCUGUCUGUCCAUUAUCAGUUCAGUAUCCGUGUGGUAAAAUCCCAAGCUCGGACGCUCAGAUGGGCCAGGCACAAGCCAGGAUAGUCGGUGGGAACCACUGUCCGAAAGGAGCCUGUCCAUGGCAGGUAACGCAUCAACACCUGGCUGUGGAGCACAACGGCUCCAUCCACCUCAUUCACAUUUGAUUAGCCAAUACUACCCUUCUAGUCAUUUAGCAGACACUCUUAUCCAGAGUGACUUAGAGUAGUGAGUGCAUUGCUUGUGCUUGUCCCCCAUGGAAAUCGAUCCCACAACCCUGGCGCCUUGCUCUACCAACUGAGCCACACAGGGCAUUAUGAUACAGUAACUUAACUACAGUCAUUCCCAUACAACCACUGUCCUUGAAUGCAAGUCAAAGGGUGUAAUAUUAACUUGGUUAGUAUCUAUUACCACCUCAUCCAUAAGGCAUUAUAUAAUUCCACAGUAUUAUUUUGGUUUAUGUGCAAUGAGAUGUGAUGGAUAAGAGUGGCCAAUUUGUCUUUGUGAUGGGACUGGUGGUUGCAGGUCCUGUUGAAGCAUAAAGGCUCUAGUCUGUGUGGUGGGGUCAUAGUUCAUCCUGACUGGGUCAUCACUGCUGCCCACUGUGUCCUGGAUAGAGACAACAAGGACCUAAUGGUGGUCGCAGGUAGGUUACGGUGUGGGUGUGGGUGUGGGUGUGUGCCUUUCAUAGAGUUUCUAGAAACAUAUAGUGAGGACAUUGUGCAUUGUUUGUGUCCCUAUGUCACAUAAGAAAACAUUGCCCUAAUGAACAACACUGUUUCCAGGGGAACACAACAUUGAGUUAGACGAGGGCACCGAGCAGAGGAUCCCCGUUGCCAGAGCCAUACCCUACAACCUGUACGACCCGGCAACAGGUGACAGUGACAUCGCCCUGCUGCGUCUGAGCGAGCCUGUAACUCUGGGCCCUAACGCUGUACCCGUCUGCCUGCCUCAGCAACACUUCGCCAAGAGUGAGCUUGCGGCCGUCCGCUUCCACACCCUCAGCGGCUGGGGGAGGCACACAAACGGGGGCAACGAUCCCCAACCCGGCACCAAGCCAGCCCCCUCCUCGCCCUUCCUCCGCAGGCUAGCCACACCCAUCCUGCCCAACUCCGAGUGCACCCUCAAGAGCGGCUUCAACUUCACCCAGAACAUGCUGUGUGCCGGCUACUUGGUGGGGAACCAGGAGGCCUGUAGGGGGUACGAUGGGAGCCCCCUGGUCACUAACUAUGGGGCCACCCACUUCCUGAUGGGCGUGGUGGCCUGGGGGAAGGGCUGCCCCAAACAGGGUUACUAUGGCGUCUACACUAACGUAGCCAACUACCUGGACUGGGCUGAGGAGGUGAUGAAUGCUCCUCCAGUCAGUGCCCCGGUGAUGCCAUUCCUGCUAGAGAUGGCAUUAGAUGAGGUUCAGAUUCAGCAGGCUACGGAGAAGUUAGUGCCACCACCUCCCAUUGAAUAUGAGUAGCGAAUAUGGCUAACUCCCAUUAGAUUUGUCACCAGUCACCACACAACACCAAACGUCACUACAGUGAUUCUAAUGCUAGGUGUUGUCACAUCACAUCAAUAAAGAUUUUCAUAUUAGAUGGAAGCUACAGUAUAUCAUGCUACUGGUGUAGCAUAUCGUCCUGUUUCAUCGCUUUGUAAACAGACAUCUUUUCACUCUGCUAUUCUUUUCAUUUGACUCUUAAUGUAAAGUGUAAGUUUCAUGACUCAAGUGGUGAUUCAGAUGACCUGAUGCCAUACAGAAUGUUUGACCUGAUGCCAUACAGAAUGUUUGACCUGAUGCCAUACAGAAUGUUUGACCUGAUGCCAUACAGAAUGUU